AUGGAAGAAGGCAUUAUUGCGACAUGCACUAUAUCAUACACAGCAGGUACCACCACAGGGUUUUACGCAGUAGCCAUACAAGUUGAAGAUUUUAUCGCCAUAACGUCAACAACACCUCUAAGUAGCAUACCUGUUCAAUUCAUGGUAAACAUAUCUUCAGGGAGUGGUUGUUCAGAUACACCGCAAUUUAUAGACCCAACACCAACUGCCAACACAAAGUUCGUUACUGACAUCGGCAGUCAGUACAGCUUUACAAUCAAAGUACAGGGACCUCACUUAGUCACAAGUGAAACAAGAUGCAUUGUGUUACAUGCUACAGAUAUAAAUGAAUGUGACAGCAAUCCAUGUGAAAAUGGUGGAACAUGUAACAAUCAUGUUAACUUUUAUAACUGUUCGUGCCAACUGGGAUAUGUAGGCAUUAAUUGUGAAACAGACAUAAACGAAUGUGAAAGUAAUCCAUGUAACAACAAUGGAACUUGUAAUGAUUAUGUCAACUUUUAUAACUGUACUUGUCAACCUGGCUUCAAAGGAAGUUAUUGUGAAAUUGAAAUAAACGAAUGUGAUAGUAAUCCAUGUAAGAACAAUGGAACCUGUAAUAAUUAUGUCAACUUUUAUAACUGUACUUGUCAACCUGGCUUCGAAGGAACUAAUUGUGAAAUUGAAAUAAACGAAUGUGACAGCAACCCAUGUGAAAAUGGUGGAACAUGUAACAAUCAUGUGGACUUCUAUAACUGUUCAUGUCAACUGGGAUAUGUAGGCAUUAACUGCGAAAUAGAAAUAAACGAAUGUGACAGCAACCCAUGUGAAAAUGAUGGAACAUGUAACAAUCAUGUGAACUUCUAUAACUGUACAUGUCAACUGGGAUAUGUAGGCAUUAAUUGCGAAAUAGAAAUAAACGAAUGUGACAGCAACCCAUGUGAAAAUGGUGGAACAUGUAACAAUCAUGUGAACUUCUAUAACUGUUCAUGUAAACUUGGAUAUGUAGGCAUUAAUUGCGAAACAGAAAUUGACGAAUGCCAAAGUAAUCCAUGUAAGAACGAUGGAACUUGUUAUGAUUAUGUUAACUCAUAUAUGUGUAUUUGCCAACCGGGCUAUGAAGGACUUUAUUGCGAAAAUGACAUAAACGAAUGUGAAAGUAAGCCAUGCAACAACAAUGGAACCUGUAAUGAUUAUGUCAACUUUUAUAACUGUACUUGUCAACCUGGCUUCAAAGGAACUUAUUGUGAAAUUGAAAUUGACGAAUGCCAAAGUAAUCCAUGUAAGAACGAUGGAACUUGUUAUGAUUAUGUUAACUCAUAUAAGUGUACUUGCCAACCGGGCUAUGAAGGACUUUAUUGCGAAAAUGAAAUAAACGAAUGUAACAGUAACCCUUGUGAAAAUGGUGGAACAUGUAACAAUCACGUGGACUUCUAUAACUGUUCAUGUCAACUUGGAUAUGUAGGCAUUAAUUGCGAAACAGAUAUAAAUGAAUGUGACAGCAACCCAUGUGAAAAUGGUGGAACAUGUAACAAUCAUGUUAACUUCUAUUAUUGUUCAUGUCAACUGGGAUAUGUAGGCAUUAAUUGCGAAACAGACAUAAACGAAUGUGAAAGUAAUCCAUGCAAGAACAACGGAACUUGUAAUGAUUAUGUCAACUUUUAUAACUGUACUUGUCAACCUGGCUACGGAGGAAGUAAUUGUGAAAUUGUAACACAGUUCUAUAUGUACCUCUUCCAACAGAGGUUUGAAUCCAGAAGAACUCCACAUUACAUAAACGAAUGUGAAAGUAAUCCAUGUUACAACAAUGGAACUUGUAAUGAUUAUGUCAACUUUUAUAACUGUACUUGUCAAUCUGGCUUCGAAGGGACUAAUUGUGAAAUUGGAAUAAACGAAUGUAACAGUAACCCUUGUGAAAAUGGUGGAACAUGUAACAAUCACGUGAACUUCUUUAACUGUUCAUGUCAACUUGGAUAUGUAGGCAUUAAUUGCGAAACAGAUAUAAAUGAAUGUGGCAGUACCCCAUGUAAUAAUGGCGGAACUUGUAACGAUCAUGUAAAUUUCUAUAACUGUUCAUGCCAACCUGGAUUUGAAGGCAAAGACUGCGAAAAAGACAUCAACGAAUGCCAAAGUAGCCCAUGUAAGAAUAAUGGAACUUGUUUCGAUUAUGUCAACUUGUAUAACUGUGCAUGUCAAUUGGGCUAUGAAGGAAAACAUUGUGAAAAUGGUUUCGCUGCUACAGUGCUUUGA